CAUUUGGCGACACUGAUAGGGUGCAAAUAUUUUUCAAAAUUUGAAUUCGUAAUUUCUAUUCAUAUGGUAAUUUAUAACUAAACUGGAUUAUGAAUUUCGAAUAAAUAUCCUAUAACUCCAGACUAUAUGAAAUGCACAUUAUAUGACGACAUUUGUUGGCAUCGCUUCGUUUAAACUCGCUGAGAGCUGUACAACCGUACGAGAAAUGGAAGCUGUGGAUGAAAGUCAUUGUAAUCCGAGGGCAUUUCAUCCCCGUAAGCGAGUAAAUAGAAAGACAAAGCUUCAGUUAUUGUUCGAUGAAAAAGCUAGAAGGGAGUACCUGACUGGCUUCCAUAAAAGAAAAUUACAGAGAAAGAAGAUAGCUCAGGAACAACUAAAGCAACAGUUAAAGGAAGAAAGGAAACGAUUAAAACAGGAAGCUCGGGAGUCAUUUAAAAAGCUUGUAGUGUCACAUCGGCCAGUUCCAGAAUUGGAGAAUCUUAUCUCAGAAAAUUAUGAGCUUGAAAAUCAUUCUGUAAGCAUAACAGAGCUUUCAUCCUCAGAUUUGGCAGAGAAGAAUAAUUGGAUAGGAAUCAAUAAGGUGCAGUAUGAAAAUGAGAAGAGUGAACACAGUGAUGAAGAGGAAGGUCCACAGAAAGAUGAAUUACCAGGAAUGGAGUUAAAAACAAAAAAGGAUGUCAAAAAAAUAAUAAAGAAACAGGCUACAAAACAGGUGCAGAAAAGUAAGGCUUUUAAGCUGAAGAACAAGUUAGAAAGACAAAAGAACAAGAAGGAAUCACUUAGAAAAAAGAAGAAACAUAUAAAAACUCAGUCAAAGACCAGAAAGGGUAGGAAAAAAGCAAAGAAAAGGAAGUGACACAUAUGACUAGCUCUACAACAUGAUGCUGUAAUUAUUUAUUGAUCAGUAAAAUUGGGUUUUCAAGUUGA